AUCAAAUCCAGGUGUCGGAUUGCAGUUUGACAUUUUAACGAGAUUGAGUUAUUGUCUCCAACGUUGUUCGUUACAAUCUCUGGUUCAAGUAUACACGAUAGAUUCAACAUUCAAAAUUGUGAUCAGUUAAUUGUGUUUAACUUUUUUGCCAUAUUAGGAGUCCAUUAUCAGCCUUGUGAUGUUGUCAAUGGUUGUUUUGUGUCUAUACUUACUUUUGCCGGUAUAUUCUGAGUUGGAGGAGACACCGCUAACUCUAACCUUGUACUAUGAGAGUUAUUGUGACGACUGCAUACGAUUCCUGGAGAACCAACUGUCCAUAGCUUGGCAGCUGUUCAAGGAUGACUUACGAUUGGAUAUGGUACCUUUUGGAAAAGCUAAGAAAUUAAAUUUACGAGAUGGAGGAUCAGAGUGCGCUUGUCAGCACGGGCCCAAAGAGUGCCUUGGCAACAAGCUGCACGCAUGCGCCAUCUUGCAGGCGUGUGGCGAAUCAGGAACGCUGCGAUGUGCACCAGACCAGUUGAGUCACGUGAUCAAUUACAUUUUGUGCGUCGAAAAGACUCCGAAUCAACAUAAAGCCACACACCAGUGCGCAGAAUCCCAGAGCCUCGACCCUACCGCUAUAAUCCAGUGUGCUACAAGUCAUCUAGGAGACGAGUUACACAGUCACUAUGGCAACCGAACCAGAAGCUUCAGUCUUAAGGGAAUGAUCGACUUUGUACCUACCGUGGUGCUCGAUGGGGAGGAAGAGAGUUUGGCUGUGUACGACCUGGUGUGGGAGAUUUGUAAACUUCGCCCAAGAUUGUGCACUGCGGAUGCGGUACAAACAUAUUUAAAGAAAAGUGGGAAGAAGGUUUAAUUUGACUAUUAUCGCUCCUUGAUUGCAGUUUAAUAAUAAAUUUUAUCUUCCUCUUUCA